AAUGACCCGGAUCGGAACUUUAACUCCUGGGUUGAGUAGUUUUUACCAGAAAGAUCGAGGACUCUCCAAAUAUGAUGUAAUAUUUACUCAAACAUGUGUUUCUAUGUGCCCAUGAAGGAUACCCCACCUUGGAUGUGACUUUGCACACACAUCGGGAGGUCUUCGUAUUUCUGCACUACACAGAGUAGAGGGUUAGGAACCGACAGUCCCACUUGUGGUCUAGAGCGGCCUGGUGACCCUUAACCGGCGGCAGGAUGACGUGCCGUGACCGGACCCUCGAGUUCCAGUCAGCCUGCAAAUCUCUCCAGGGCAGACCGAAUGGAGUGCAGCCCAGUAAACCAGCUCUCAGCGCCCUCAGGCAGCGCAGUGACUUCACAGUUAUGGCCAAGAGAAUUGGAAAAGACUUGAGCAAUACAUUUGCCAAACUGGAAAAGCUCACUAUUUUGGCAAAAAGAAAAUCUCUAUUUGAUGACAAGGCAGUGGAGAUCGAGGAGCUAACGUACAUCAUUAAACAAGACAUCAACAGUCUUAACAAACAGAUAGCACAGCUGCAGGACUUGGUGAGGUCCCGUGGAGCUCCGGGUGGCCGACAUAUCCAAACCCACUCUAACACUAUAGUGGUGUCAUUACAGUCAAAACUGGCUUCAAUUUCCAAUGACUUCAAAUCAGUCCUAGAGGUCAGAACAGAGAACCUGAAGCAGCAGCGCAGCAGGAGAGAGCAGUUCUCCCAGCCUCCUGUCUCUUCUUCUCCUCUAUUGGCCAACAACUUCAGGAGCCGCAAAAAAGGGGCCCAGGAGCCGCAUGCAGCUCGCGAGCCGCGCUAUGACUACCAGGGCAAUACAACCUCAAAUUUAAAAGAGAGCUCGGUCCUGAUGCAGGAUGAGUCCAGGAGUCUGGGGGAUGUAGCCAUCGAUAUGGACUCUCAGAGCAAUCCCCUGCAGCUCCAGCUUAUUGAUGAGCAGGACUCAUACAUCCAGAGUCGAGCAGACACCAUGCAGAAUAUUGAGAGCACCAUCGUGGAACUGGGCUCUAUAUUCCAGCAGCUGGCACACAUGGUCAAGGAGCAAGAGGAGACCAUCCAGAGGAUCGAUGCUAACGUGGAGGACACCCAGCUGAAUGUGGAGGCCGCCCACACAGAGAUCCUCAAAUACUUUCAGUCAGUCUCCUCCAACCGCUGGCUGAUGAUCAAGAUAUUUCUCGUCCUCGUCGUCUUCUUCAUCAUCUUUGUCGUCUUCUUCGCUUAAAGAAAAGAGGAGCGGCUGACGGGAGGGGAAAAGCACAUCGACUGAGGGGAAGUAAAACUAAAAGCUGGACUGAGACGACGUGUCCAGACAACAUAUUUGAAGGACGGACUUCUCUAUGGGAGUGACAAUUUGAUGAAGACUUGGGAGACUUUUUGAUUAACACAGACUUUUCGGUUAAUUCCCAAGCCACAGACUCUUGAUCUUAAUUCGACAAUUCAGUGAAGAAUGAAGAUGUCGAACUCUGUCCAAAUGAAAGAAUAUAUUAUCUAAAAUCCCCACUUUGUAUAGAGAGAGCACAAAACUGCUCUGCAUUGUACUUUGACCAAUUAUUCAUAAACAUUUAAUCAAAAUGGCUAUAAUUUAAUGGUUUGAUUCUGCAAACUGUCUUUUAAUUUUGAUUUGUUUUUUUUUCUUGGUUACCCCCUUUACCACAUGUCAUCAUUAUUUUAUUAUUAUUAUUUCAAAGCCAAACAGAACUGGAGUUUAUCAUCGAAUAUUUUUGCUUCGUAGUUUACUUUUAUUGAAGAGCAUGACUGUGUCACUUGUUUAUCAACCAUUCUCCACCUACCACCAUUCAGUAAUUUUGUGAAUUAUUUUUUUAUUCAGUUAUAUUCUGUUUCUCUUUCAAAGUUUUUUUUGCCAAAUGGGUACUCUUAUAGAACUGUGACACAAUACAAAGACACUCAGCUAUUUGUGUCCUGAAGGCACGCGUUUUAAAUGAAACUGUUGGGUUGCCAGCCUUUAGGCAGGUUGAAUGGUUUAAAAAGCAUAAAUCCGGCACAUUCUGUGCUGCAGAGAGGGUUUAGCAUACGAGUGAAGUAUCUGAACAGGAUCCAGGUUUGACAUCAGUGCUUAUGAAGGGGUUUGGCUGGUUGUGAAGGCCCAUUAAUGAAGUGGCUCAAUCAGCCAGAUUCCCUGAAGUGUCUGGUUGGAUGUCACUGUUGUAGUUGCUUUUCCUCUUUAUUUCUCUAAUGUACCAGAUGUUAUUUAAGUGACCGCAGCUUUUUAACAAGAGAGAAAACAUUCAUCCUAUUUUUCCCCGUCUGUUUUUUUUUAGCCAAAUGCCUUGACUUAAAUGUAUAAAGUGCAAAUAGUGGUAAUGAUGUAUUGAUAAGAAAGUGCAUAUUAAUAAAAUAAUAAUGGGGU